AUGCUCUGGCUUUCUCAGACACAGAAGUUUGGUGUUUUUUUCACCUCUGCCGGGGCCCUACUUUUUUUCCUUGGGAUUAUGUCCUUCUUUGAUGCUGGUUUGCUGUCAAUGGCCAAUAUACUCUUCUUGGUGGGGAUUUGUCUUAUUAUUGGUCCACAGAAAACUCUGUACUUUUUCACAAGACCGGAAAAAAUACGUGGGACACUUGCUUUUGCUAUAGGAAUCAUUCUCAUUCUCUCCAAGCGGCCAUUUAUUGGGUUUGUUGUUGAAACAUUUGGAAUACUGGCCUUGUUUGGCGAGUUCUUUGCAACUCUAGUCCAGUUCUUGAGGUCAAUGCCAGUCAUUGGACCAUUCUUAUCCCAUCCUAUGGUUGCUCCAGUGGUGGACAGAAUUGCAGGUGUUCGUGUCCUUCCAAUCUGA